AUGACAGAAAGAUAUACGGAACUUUAUAUAAGACGGAAGUCGGCUGAUAACAAUACGCCGGAAGCAAAUUACUAUGACUUCUAUACAAAAUUUCACCCACUCAGGGUUUUGGCGAGGAAAUCUAUCUAUCUAUCCGAGUAUACACAUAAUUCAUCUAUCCGUGUAUACACAUUAUCUAUCUAUCUAUCUAUCUAUCUAUCUAUCUAUCUAUCUAUCUAUCUAUCUAUCUAUCUCACCAUGUUUAAUAUCUAUCUAUCUAUAUAUCUAUCUAUCUAUUUCAGAUUGGUCGGUAUCUAUCUAUCUAUCUAUCUAUCUAUCUAUCUAUCUAUCUAUCUAUCUAUCGAUCUGAGUAUACACAUUAUUCAUUUAUCCGAAGUGUAUAUAUUAUCUAUCCGUAUAUCGGUCUGUUUUUUUAUCUACCUUUCUAUCCAAGUAUCCACAUUAUCUAUCUAUCUAUCUAUCUAUCUGAGUAUACACAUUAUCUAUCAGAGUAUACAUAUUAUCUAUCUGUAUAUCUUUCUAUCUUUCUAUAUUUCUAUCCGAGUAUACAUAUCUAUCUAUCUAUCUAUCUAUCUAUCUAUCUACUUGUCUGUCGAAUGA